UGUAGUAAGACUGGUAUCUCCGCUAGUCGGAUGGGGCGCACCGCAACUGUAGCCUAUGUCGGAUGCUUUAUCAUAGGAUACAUACACAAAUAAAUACCAUGACCAUAUCAGCAAUAAAUGCCACCGUGUGCACUGUAAAUGAGUUUCAUUUCGUGCGUUAAACGCAAAAGUAUUGUAAAUCAUUAUAUUGUUUGUAUUAUCCGUGCGCUCUUGGGAUCACCUCCAGACAUAUCAGUGCGAUUAAUAAUAGUCUAUCAUUAUUUCAUCAAAAUGAAAGUGACGGUGGAUUUUGAGGAAUGCCUGAAAGAUUCGCCACGUUUCCGGGCCACAAUAGAGGAAGUGGAGGGAGACUAUGGAGAACUGGAGUCAAAACUCGACAAGCUGGUGAAGCUGUGUAUAGGGAUGAUAGAUGCUGGAAGAGUUUAUAACCAGGCCAACAAGCAGUUUGUGAAUGGAAUCAGAGAACUGGCUUUGCAGUCCACCAGAGAUGAGGUCAUCGGGUCCAGUUUAGCAGCAUUUGCUGAGACUCUGCAGGAAAUGAACAACUAUCAUACAAUAUUAUUUGAUCAAGCCCAGAGAUCCAUCAAGUCUCAGCUUCAGGCUUUUGUGAAGGAAGACUUGAAGAAGUUUAAAGAUGCUAAGAAGCAGUUUGAUAAGGUGAGUGAAGAGAAGGAGGUGGCACUGGUGAAAAAUGCCCAGGUGCCUCGAAACAAACAGCACGAGGUAGAAGAGGCCACCAACAUCCUGACCACAACACGCAAGUGCUUCCGUCACAUCGCCCUUGACUAUGUGCUACAGAUAAAUGUCCUUCAGUCCAAAAGAAGAUUGGAAAUCCUCAAAUCUAUGCUGUCCUAUAUGAAUGCCAACCUCACUUUUUUCCAUCAAGGAUAUGAUUUCUUUAGCCAGCUUCAGCCAUUAAUGAAGCAGCUCAGCGGUCAGUUGGAUCAGCUGGUGGUGGAUUCAGCAAAGGAAAAAAGAGACAUGGAGCAAAAACACUCAACUAUCCAACAGAUGGCUGCUUUGCAGGAUUUCUCCACUGACGACACAAAACUGGAAUAUAAUGUAGACACUGAUAAUGGAAUAGCUAUGGAGGGAUACCUCUUCAAAAGAGCAAGCAAUGCCUUCAAAACCUGGAACAGACGAUGGUUUUCUAUUCAAAACAGUCAGCUGGUUUAUCAAAAGAGAUUCCGGGAUAACCCCACUGUAGUGGUAGAAGAUCUGAGACUCUGCACUGUUAAACACUGUGAGGAUGUGGAAAGACGGUUCUGUUUUGAAGUGGUGUCCCCAUCCAAGAGCUGGAUGAUGCAGGCAGACUCGGAGAAACUGCGCCAGGCAUGGAUCAAAGCUGUGCAGAACAGCAUUGCUACGGCCUUCAGAGAGAAUGGAGAAGAAACGACUAUUAACCUGGACAGGCAGUCAUCAGCAUCUAUGGGCAGUCUUGACUCAGGCUGUGAUUUGGUGAAGCCAAUUAAAGGCGAGAGUGCUCUACAGAGGGUGCUGGCCAUCACUGGGAAUGAGUUCUGCUGUGACUGUAGCCAGAGUGAUCCUCGCUGGGCUAGCAUCAACCUUGGCAUCACGCUCUGUAUUGAGUGCUCAGGCAUUCACAGGAGUUUAGGAGUUCACAAUUCAAAGGUGCGAUCCCUCACACUUGAUUCAUGGGAGCCAGAGUUGCUUAAGUUGAUGUGCAAGCUGGGAAAUUGUGUCAUUAAUCAGAUUUACGAAGCUCGUAGAGAAGAGAUGGGCGGAAAGAAACCUCAGCCUGGAGACCCCAGACAGGAGAUCGAAGCCUUCAUCCGUGCUAAGUAUGUAGAAAAGAGGUUUGUCCUGAAACCUACAGCCCAGGAGCAGAAGGAAAAGAUCAUGACGUUUAGAAAACUUGACAAACGUAUAAAGGGAAACAUGGAUUUUCUUCCCCCGCGGCCUCCCCCUCCCACACCCAAACUCCGAACUGCCUCCAGUACCUCAGCUUCCAUUAGUGGUCAGGAGGUACGACGUGAUUCGCUGUUCUGCCCCGAUGAGCUUGAUUCUCUUUUUUCCUACUUUGAUACAUCCUCAAAGCUGCAAAGCUUGAGGAGUAAAGACAGCGGGAUUCAGAACAGUGCAGAUGGGAGCAGAGAGAUGUUGGCCUCCACCCCCUCCAGCUCAAGCCUGAGUGAAACAGAGCUCCAAGAGUCUGAGUCACCCAUGUCCAUGAAUCAGGCAGACCGCCCUACUGUGUUCUCUGAGCUGACUGAUUCCUCUGCUGGUAGUCUACUGUACUGGGCGUCCUGUGCCUGCAGCCUUACAGACAUGGUGCAGGCACUGGCUCAUGGAGCUGAUGUCAACUGGGUCAAUGGGGAAGACAGCAAUCGGACUCCACUAAUACAAGCCGUACAAGGGGGUUCUCUGAUCACCUGUGAGUUCCUACUUCAAAAUGCUGCCAGUGUGGACCAGCAGGACGUUCGUGGCAGAGGACCACUGCAUCAUGCCACCAUACUGGGUCAUACUGGUCAAGUGUGUCUGUUCCUAAAACGAGGGGCCAAGCAAAACACUGUGGACGCUGAUAACAGAAGUCCGCUGUCCAUUGCAGUGGAGGCCGCCAAUGCAGACAUUGUCACUCUGUUACGUUUGGCCAAGAUGAACGAGGAGAUGAGAGAGUCUGAGGGAGCUCUUGGCCAGUCAGGUCAAUACCCUCACCCUCAGAGUCACACCGAGCAACAGUAUAAAAAAUGCAUUCAAGAAUUUAUAACUUUACAAUUACAGGAGUCAUAAACUUUCGCUCUCCAUCAGCAUCAAAACAGAUCUUCUGCAGACCACAUAACACUGGUUGCCACAGCUGAUGUGGAUAGGAAUGUUACUAUUGUAGACUGGACAAGCAUCUUUUAGUUUUCAUCUUUUAGUCUUUGUAGCAUCCAAGCCAUAUUUAUUUAU